UUCCAUUUGAGUUGGGGACCGGCUUCCGGAUAGCUCUAACCUCAACCAACCAUGACCUUUAAAUAAAAUUGAGCCACCUUCAGGGAGAAACAAGCCAAACAAAGAAUCAAAGCACGACUCGAGCCUCCCUCCUCACAACAACCAAACCACAACCCGCAACACUCAUUCAGUAUUCCUUCCCACCAGAAGCUGACUGACCUCAUCAAACAAAUACCCACCAUGAACCCAAUUACAGAAUUUUUCGCUGGUCUUUGCCAAUGUCUCUAUUGGAUGAUUUGGCCGAUAGCAUCGCUGGCACUAGGCGCUGUCAGUGGCGUUAUCAUCGGGACCAUCAUGACGGUACUCGUGUUCGCCAUUACAUUGAUUCGAUUACCCAUGCACAUGGCCAAGACAUUCUACGUCGCUGCCACCACGGAGGAGUGCUACGAACGCUGCCAAUUCUUUGAUCCAUUCCUACGAAUCCUUGUGUUUCUCUUGGUGCCGAUUCCACAUCUUCUGUGGCUCCUGGGAACCACCCUCUUUGCAGCAACUGUGGGAAACCUCUAUUACAUUAGCCGAACGACCCGUACGAUCUUCAAACAUCAAUAUGCCAAAGCAUGUGGAUACGGAACCAAAACAGUAAUGUUCGAUGAAGACUCUCAUAUUGGAGUCUACAUUCAAAGUUGCAGAGAUUUCAUGGCAGACGACGGGCCAUCACUGGGGAUGGUUGAGAUGCUCAAGGCAAUAUGCUCCUUUCUUCCCGGUCUUCCUCUGGGUGCCUUGCCAUUCAUCCCAUUUACCAUUGCUAUCCUACUCAUUACACUCUUUCGGCUGCCCAUCAACUUUUUCCAAUCCGUGAAGAUCACAAUCAUCACUGUGACACUCCAAUGGGACCUCAAGAUAUUGGCACUGCUCAUGCUCCCUUUUGCCCACACCAUAUUUCCUCUCGUGGUGUUCGUUGCAUCCCUCCUCUUUAGUUUUUUCCACUUUGUAUCUGCCACAACCAUCAGCAUAUUUGAGAGCAACAGCCCUUUUGAACGUUGGGGUGAUUUUGGCAACAUGACCCGAGAUUACUACCAGGCGCACCAAGACUUUGUCGGCGAACGGUACCUGGGGAAAUACGAUCAUCCCACUGGAAUCCCACUGGGGUGGCAAGGGCAAACGUAUGGAUUACCGAUACACAGCAUCAUUCAAUGGCAAUGGGAUUUCCUGGUGUGCUGCGGCCUGUUGCUACUAUCCAUCCCGACUUGUCUUGUCGGUUCCAUUCUGAUUUUUGCCAUCAAGUUCAUUCCUGGCACAAUGUCCUGGUGGAGGACGCAGUGUGAACACAUGUCUCGAGAGGAAACAGCAGAAUGCCUGGGUUGUUGGGCGUUCUAUGUUGCGGGGUUGGUUCUGACUCCCGUUGCCGCGCUAGUCGCAUCGGCCUUUGGUGUCUUGGGGGGCUCCUUGCUCUCGAUCCGAGUCACUUCCGUCUACCUCCGAUAUGGAUACCUAGCUGGGAUCUACGAGCCAUUCCAUGUCAUUCAUGAUGUAGACUCGUGGGAUUUCUUCUCACUGGGUGGAUUCCUUGCAUUUGCCUGCCUUGGUGAAGACAAUCCCCACAAGAACGGCGACAACCGCCAACAACGCAAACAGCGAGGAAGGGCCAACAGCCGAUCCGCGAGAAAGGCUGCCAAAGGAGAAUCCAGAAUGUUAUCGAAUGCUUAUUGGGACCGAUUUGCCAAUCAAUGCAUUCAGACUACCUUCCAGUUGAUAGAGAAAGAGUGGGUCACACGUGACCAGGUGCAGAGUAUGGAUUCUGCAGUCAUCCAAGCCAUUCCCGCCGUUGCUGUCUUGACUGUUCUCGUUGAUACUGUCCACGAUGCAAAGGCAAAGAAGCCAGAGGAUCUAUCAUGGAAGAUUGAUGGGACGCUGUGCAAACAGUCAGACCGCCCGCCACUGGAUGGCAUCGCUGCCCUCCUGUUGCCCAAAGUCAUGGAGGUGAAACGGCUCCUUCAAACAAAGAAGAGCACCGCCAAGGAAGCCAACGUGCAGAAUAUUACUGCAAUGAUAUGUUCGAACGCAGAUGAACCCACUCAAGAGCUUGAAGCUUUCAUCAAGUCUCUCGAAAAUGACAAAAGCAAGCCAAGUGCCAGCAACAAUAUGAUUCGGGCCAAACUUACAGAGCUCACAUUAAUGAUGUUGCAAGUGCAGCCCUUUCUUGAUCGAAUGAACCUCAUCUUUGGCUACAACUAUGCUGCUCCUGCCCGUCCUGCCCGUGAUCUUGAGGAAGGCGAUCCAGGGGCAGAGGCAGACAUAUCCGGUACACAGAACCAGCCAGCGCACCGAAAGAAAGAGCAAACAGAUGGGAGCGAAGAGGCCCAUGGUGAAUCAUGGAUGACACGGGCUCAGUGGCUCUUUGGGCAACGUGUGCCGGCCCAAGUCUCAACUAAUUCCUAACUAGCCAGGAGCAAUGUCUUGCUUUCCUCGCGAGUGAGAUCCUGGGCAGUGCCGCACCGAAGCGCAUCGGAUGCGGCGGUGUGUUGCGUAGACCCGCCCAAUUCCUGAAGGACAGGGAGUGAGUUUACGGCGUAUUUCAACGCGAGGAUGCCACGAGCAAGAUUAGGCUGGUGUACAACCGUAGCUCAGUAGGAAUGUUGCCUGCGAGGAGAUCGUCGUGGAGCCCAACCAUCUUUCUGCUGAAGCCAGCGUAAAGCGCAUUCGUUUCAUCAACAUGUCGAUAUCGAUGAAACGAAUGCACUGCACGUACCUGCUUCGCCUCGCCUCUUUCACUCGUGCGGUGUAUCUAUCGAGUUGCUGUGUGGCUUGGUUGGUGCGGCGGGGUGAAGCAAUGGCUUCGGAGGCUGGUCUCGGGCCGGGCAAUCAAAUCAAACAUCAACCCGGACCGGACUAGUACAGAGUACCACAUUCAGUUUUGUUGUCUUCACAGUGGAGCCAAGAGUACAGAGUACAAUUCAGAGUACAAUUCAGAGAGCAUCUUUCAGUGUCCCCGGUCUAGAUCCCUGAUCAGCUUGGACAUCUC